UCAAGUAACCAGGCCGCUCCUGUCCCUCUGGGAAACUCCUGUCGCCAGGAACUCCCACCUUUCUGCUCUCCCGGACAAAAGCACCCUCUUGCCAGGACCUCUUGCCACCGUCUAAGAUGCUGGCCAAAAGUCUAUGCUUCUAGCCCACUAGGGCUGUCCCCUGGUUCUUGCCAGUCACUGCUCCAGCGGGAACCUAAUGAUCCCCAGCUACUCUUGAACUGGGCUGCUGAGGUACCAGGCUCGUCUGCUGGCUCCCCUGGGUGCCAUGGAGACCUGGCGGAAAGGCUCCUUCCGCAACGCCUCCUUCUUCAAGCGGCUGAGCCUAGGGCGGCCGAGGCGACUCCGGCGACAGGGCAGUGUGCUCAGCCAGGCCAGCACGGCUGGCGGGGAUCACGAGGAAUACAGCAACCGAGAGGUCAUCCGGGAGUUGCGAGGGCGGCCAGAUGGCCGGCGCCUGCCCCUGUGGGGGGACGAGCAGCCCCGGGCCACCCUGCUGGCCCCACCCAAGCCUCCCCGCCUCUACCGAGAGAGCUCCAGCUGCCCCAACAUCCUGGAGCCCCCCGCUGCCUACUCGGCCACCCUGCCCUCGGCGCUCUCCCUGGCGGGCACCUUCCACCACUACUCUGAGGACAACCUUCUGGACACUCCCUCCUUCCAGGGGACACCUGCUCCAGACCUCAGUGAUCCCUUCUUCUCCUUCAAAGUGGACCUGGGGAUUUCACUUCUUGAGGAAGUUCUACAGAUGCUGAGGGAGCAAUUUCCGAGUGAACCUGGCUUCUGAAUGGGGUGCGGGUGGGCAGAGGUGGGGUAACUGGAAGAGCCGGAAGCCUGGAAAGAGGGUGCAGCUGCAGAUUAAGAAAAAGGUAGGGAUAGGAAUCCAGGAUCCUGCCUGCCCUCCGGGUCCUGAACAGUCCUCCACGUCACCCUGGAGCAGAGGGACAGAAGGACAGAGGCAAGCUGGAAAUGCUGUGGAGGGGGCACUUGC